CAUUUCCAUCCGUAGGAUUGGCCGUGUUUUUUUGUAAUGAUUUUGUUGGAUUUGUCAUUCCCAAAAAGUUAGAACUGGGACGAUAUGGAGGUUUUUAAUAAGUUCUAUUCAUCGGUCAGUAACACAGUGUCUCAGUUGUCCGGUGUGCUGCCCGGGAACCCUGUAACACGAGAGUUUGAGGCUACGCAGUUCAUCGCCAGCGCUGGGCCAGGUUUACUAUGGAAAAUUUACAAAGGUUACAAGAAAUCGACAAAACAGGAAGCCUCCAUAUUUGUGUUCGAAAAGAAGUUACUUGACAGAUUUACGAAGGCGGAUCGAGACAUAAUGCUAGAAACCUUGAAGCGUGGUAUCGUGCAGCUUACGAAGCUGCGGCACCCUCAGAUCCUGACAGUCCAGCACAGCCUUGAGGAGAGCAGAGAGAGUUUAGCUUUUGCUACAGAACCUGUCUUUGCAAGCUUAGCUAACAUACUUGGUAAUAUGGAGAAUAUGCCUCAGCCACCGCCGAACCAUUUAAAUAACUACAAACUUUAUGAACUAGAAAUCAAGUAUGGUCUGAUGCAAGUGGCAGAAGGAUUAGCUUUCCUACAUAAUGAUGUAAAACUUUUACAUCAUAAUAUUUGUCCUGAAUCUAUUGUAGUUAAUCAACAAGGAGCAUGGAAGAUAUUUGGAUUUGACUUCUGCAUUGCAAAUCAAAGUUCCGCAGGGGCUGCUCCUUACUGGCCGUUUAACGAGUACUGUCAAGCCAUGCAUGCAUUAACACAGCCAUCCCUAGAUUACCUCGCUCCAGAGUAUAUUCUCUCAGCCUCACACUCCCCUGCUAGUGACAUCUAUUCUCUUGGCAUGGUGAUCUACGCCACUCACAGCCCGAAUCACCAGACUCUUGGCAACAUUGGGAGUGACUACGGGAAGUUUAAGAGGUUUGCGCAUGAGUUGAGGAACUUGUCUCCGUCCCGGUUGUCCUGUGUGGCCGAUGGUCUCAGGGAGUAUGUCAAGCUGAUGCUUAAUGUCACUCCUGAAUUGAGACCUGAUCCUCAUCAGUUCUUGAAGAUACCAUACUUUGAAGAUGUAGGAGUAAAAACCUUAAAUUACCUGGACUCCUUAUUCCAAUGGGAUAACCUGCAGAAGUCCCAAUUCUACAAAGGCCUUCCUCAGAUCAUCCAAAAGAUGCCACACCGUAUCUGCAUCUAUCGGAUCCUCCCAUGCCUCACUAAAGAGUUUGUGAAUGCUCCGAUGGUGCCAUUUGUGCUACCAAAUGUCUUGCUAAUCGCUGAGAAUUCUACUAAAGAGGAAUUCAUCAAGUAUAUUUUACCAGUUUUAAAACCGGUGAUGUUAAUACAAGAUCCGAUACAGAUACUGCUAAUAUUCAUGCAGAAGAUGGAGUUAUUGCUAAAACUGACACCUGGUGAAGAGGUGAAGACAGAUAUCUUACCGAUGUUGUAUAGAGCGUUGGAGUCUGACGCUCAGCAGAUUCAAGAGUUAUGUUUGUCAGUGUUACCAACAUUCGCAUCACUUAUUGAUUACCCAGCGAUGAAGAACGCACUCCUUCCCCGUAUCAAGAAGCUGUGCCUCGGCACCAGCUACCUCGCGGUGAGGGUCAACUGCUUGCUCUGCAUCGGGAAACUGCUAGAGCACCUGGACAAGUGGCUGGUGCUGGAUGAGAUCAUACCGUUCCUGCCGCAGAUACCCUCCAGGGAGCCGGCUGUGCUGAUGGGGAUUUUAGGUAUCUACAAGCUCGCCCUGAGCCACCAGAAGCUCGGCAUCACCAAGGAGGUGAUGGCGACCAAGGUGCUGCCGUUCCUGAUGCCGCUGUGCGUCGAGAACGGCCUGACCCUGAGCCAGUUCAACGCGCUCAUCUCGCUGGUGAAGCAGAUGGUGGGGAAAGUGGAGGCAGAACACCGGGCCAAGCUGGACCAACUUAACUCCAUACAGAAUGAGUCCAAAGGAAUGGAGUCGCUAGUAAACUCGAGCGCGUCACCGGACACGCUGGUGUCUGGCUCCGACGUGGAACAGCUGUUCGCGGGGCUCGGGCUGCAGGGCUCCGCCCCCACAGCCACAGGAGGGACUCUGACACUUGAAGAUAAACAAAGAAUCGCGCAGCAGCAAAAGGUGGCACAAAAAAUGAAUCACCAACCCCUCCCCACUCCUACCCCUAUUUCCAAACCUCCCCCCUCCCGCCCCGUCGACCUAACCUCCUCCCUUCUACAGUCAAAUCUCAACCAACUCUCACACAAACCCCUUCAAAAUACCCCAAACUAUAACCCCGUACUGCAAUCUCCAGGAACGACACCACAAUACCAACAGUUUAACCAAAUUCAGUCUCCAAGUACACAAUUUAACCAAAUACAGUCUCCGAGCUUGCAAUUAAAUCAGUCUACAGGUUUCAAUCCUAGCUUACAGUCCCCACAAUAUAAUAUACAGCCAAAUUACCAGUUACAAAAUCAAAAUCAGCCACUUACUGGGCAAAAUUGGCCGCCUAGUGCCCCUAGUGGGAACUUUGACAAUAAGUGGGCAAAUAAUCAGAAUAAUCAGACGAAGAUGAAGCAGGAUUGGUCGGCGUUCGAGUCGCUCCUGCCGACUACUGAGAAUGGGAACGUAAAGAAAAGUGAUAAUGAAAUGAUGGAUUUGUUAAGUUAGAUGAGUUUGACUGUACCAUGGUCCAUUGUUAAUUGAA